AUGCCUAUUUACCCUGUUGCUGAAGAUACUGUGAGUCUAUCUAGUGUCAGAGAUGAGCAGCUUGCAGUGUUAUUUCAGCGGCGUGGUUCAUCACAUAUGGAGAUAUGGAUUACGGAGGAGAUUGAGCCUAGAGAGGUGUGUUGGAGGAGCAAAUUGUUCGUAGCGGUGAAUAUAAAUCCACUUACUUGUUUUCAAUUCCAUGGGAGUUUCUUUGUUGACGAGGGGAAGAAAGUCGCGGUGAUUUUUGGUAGAGACAUGGAUGAACAUGACCACGUUCGCUACGCAGCGUAUGUCGUCACUGGAAAGGAUGGGUACUUGAAAAAAGUGGAUCUUGGAGAAUCUACAUUUGAACGUGGUUCCCCACUUAUGUGCUCUUCUUAUGUUCCAAGCUCAGUGCAAAUCAAGUAA